UCCUGAACAGUGGAAAGCUUGGUAUGAGGAAAGACUCGAUGGCAGGAAACACCUCCCAUCUCAGCAUCCACCAGAGCACCUCAAUAUAUUCCAUAUGGUUCGAUAUCGUCAAAGAGCUGGAAUACGCAUUCGAAUUAUCCAGGUUCAUGGGUUGAACGGAGAUGGCUUUUAUGUGAAUGGUUUUGCCAGAAUCCUUAAAGGAGGCAGUACAUUGCGAAUGCCUGAGAUAGCAGAAUUCAAUGAGAAAUUCUUGACCCGUAAGCAUGAUUUUUCCAGCCUUCAGAGAUCACCGUGCUGGAUAGAUCCAUCUCAGGUGUUACAUCCAACCUGGGAUAUCCACAGUGUGCUGCUAGUCCAGAUAUUUGGCAUCAAUGUUAUUUACACUCCUGAUCAUCGUGGUCAAGAACCAGGACAGGUCACAUCACGUUCAGGAAGAGAGCCAGACCAAGAUGAUUUGUUACAGUUUGGAUGGUCAGCAAUCCCUCUUUUUCACGGCCCCUAUGUGAAGACAGGAGUGCAUAAUGCUCCACUGUUUCAAGGCUCUCCUCAUGCUAAAUUUCUGGAUUAUGUGAUUUCACAUCCUGUGAAAUCUGUCAUGGAAGAAUGUCUGCACAAAAAAUGGUUGAAACUCACAAAAGAAUACAGCAGUAUUGCAGUAGAAGUGUGUGAUGGCCAUUACUUUGAUGAUGAACACUUUGAUUUGCCAGUUAUUAAUGAUCUUCUCGCAGUAGAUAAACAGAAUAAAUUUCUGAAGGUGCAAUCUAACCGGAAGGGAAAAGACAUGACCCAACUUGUCCUGCAGAGAUUGGAUCAGAGAAUCCAGAAAGUUGGAAGAAAUCACCCAGAUUAUGAACGCGAGGAACAAUUCUUUGAAGAAGCAAUGGCAGAGACGUUCUAUGGGCUCAUGGAGUCAGCACUAAUGACGGCAGGAUAUGGACCUCUCUGAACAAUAACCAGAUGGAGUAAGGUUUCUACAGUUGUGAAAGCAGCAAAUGUAAACUUCAUGGCCUGAAAGGGAUUAGCAACCACCAUGUAAAUUAUUCUUUUAUUAUACUGCAACUCGGACAUUUUUACCUACAAAGCUUUUCUCUGAAGAGGCCAUGAUGUUUCAGCUCCAGUUUUUAUUUUAUUUGACAAAAGUUUGAGUGAAAAUUUUACAAGCAAAACAAGCAUUAACUUACUCAGAACAGAAAAUAAAAUACUGCAAAUGCUGAACAUCUGAAAUAAAAGCAGAAAAUCCUGGAAAUACUCAGCAGUACAAGCAGUAAUAAUGGAGAGAAAAACAGAAUUAACGUUUCGGAAUAAUGAUCUUUCAUGAAAACUCAUGAGGUCCUACUACCUGCUUUGAGGCAAUGGCCAUUGAUUUUUAUGAGACAAUUUUUACCGAAUAAACCCAUCAUGAAAGCCAAAUGCUUGGCAUAAUCUUUGUUUUAAGCUCUGCCUGAUAUUACUUGUGAUGUGAUGGGGAAGGAGGGUGGGUGAGGUUAGCAGUGGGGGUGGGACAGGGUAACAUUACUGGACAUAGUUACACACCAUUCUGUUGAUUUCACUCUGAAAGAGAUAAAAAAAAUAACCAUUUUGAGCUGCUGAAGAAAUCAAACUGAAAAAGUAACAGGAAGGGUGGACAUUGCAAGAUGGUACUUUUAUUACUUUCUAUGUUAUAACUAUGUUGGAAAUAUUUUCAUUGGAAAUUUCCAGGAUACAGGAACUGAUGGAAGUUGAGAUGAUGAGGAGUUAUGACAACUCAAGCCUGUAAACGGACCAUAAAGAAAAUGCACAGUAGAACAAAACAGUAAUUAUGUAUAGACUUGCACAUGUGGUCAAACUAAUACAUUGGAUGGCCUUGGCAUAUUUUUUUUUAAUUAAUUUCCCAAGCCAAGUUUCCUGCUGUGCUAAUGUAUAUGCUCAACUUUUGGUGGACCUGUUUAAACGAGUGGGAGGAAAAUCAAGUAGAUUCCUUUACAGCCUUCAAAACCAUCUACUUUUUCAGAUAUUCACUUCACCCAAAUAAUUCAAUGAAUUUGGAUGCCAAUCAAAUAGAAUCUCCUCACAAUGGUGGUUAUGGGGGAGGCAUGAAUGCAACAUGCAUACUUGCUGGAAGCUAAAUUGGACUGUAUAAGAUUGUCCUAUUACCAUUUCUGCUUGGAGGCAAACCUUCCAAAAUAAUUCUCCGUGGCUCUUUAAGAGAGAAAAAGAAGAAAGUGCCAUUCUUAAUUUUCAUAGAAAUCCAGUUUUAUAAGGUGCUUGUUCUCCGUUUCCCUCUUGUAAAGUCUUGGGCACAGUAAUUGCCUCUUAAUUGUUGCCAGUGUGAGAAGGAUAUGUGUUUCAUUGACUGGGGAAGCAAAAUGCAUAGGCUGAGUAGAGAGAUAAACCUCACUGGAAGCAAAAUAGGAUAAUUAAAAAAAAGGUAAAUCUCUGAAAAAAUACUUUCAUGUCCCUGAAACCUCUCUGUGGCAUUCUAUUGCUGAGCCCAAUAUCCAACUGUAUUCUGAAUGUCCAGCAUUCUGCGUGAUGGAAGUUAUUUCAGAAACCUAUCACCCAAGCUCCUUUUAGUUUUUACUACUUCAUAUUCAUUACCUGUUGUUCUAUUCUGUCUUUCUGAUUUCCCUUAUUUAAACCAUUUAAUAUUUUAGUUGUUGAAGAGAUCAAUUCUUAAAGCCUUUUUCUCACUCAUGCUCAGAAUCAUUUGUUUUGUUCUUGUGGUUGAAUGUCCUUUUAAGUAAGGAGAAUUAUGCAUGGCUGUACAUGUGGUCGAACUAAUGCAUUGGACAAUCUUGGCAUAUACUUUUUAAAUUCAUUUCCAAGAACAUGUUUUCUGCUGUGCUAAAGUUAAUGCUCAACUUAUUCUCGAUCAAUUUUUAAUUCAGCCUAUAGUUUUUCUUUACUGUAUAUAUAACGAGUAACAGUGAGUGGA